UUGUCACAGAAAAUCAAUCAAGUCAACCUUACCGGUUCCGCCAUAUUGUCUGAAGUGUCACGUUUUUUUUACAAAGUUAUGGCUCAUUUUGAUCCCCCAGUGAUUCAGGAAAAUGAAAAUGGAUGGGGACCAUGUAACGUCCCAGAAAAAUACAAGGAUAUGCCUUAUCAGCCGUUUGCGAAAGGCGACCGGUUGGGAAAGGUUUCUGACUGGACAGGUGCAACAUAUCAAGAUAAGAGGCAUUUAGGGAAGUAUAACUCCGCUUUUGGUGGAGGUGGCAGUCAGUAUGCAUAUUACCAUGAAGAAGACGAGAGCACCUUUCAGUUGGUUGAUACGCAGAAAGUACAGAAACCAGUCUAUCAACGUGGUAGACGUAUGUUUCAACAGAAUAAACAGCGUCGUGAAAGGGAGCGUAAGCAACAGCAGCAGGCGGCAAACAAUAUGCAAGUCCUUUCAAAAACCCAGAAAAGCAGAGAAAGAGAUAGGCAGAGGCUAUUGAGGAAGUGGCAGAAACAGUUUGGAAGACAACUGCAAGAAAAUAGACAAAAGACUCCAUUAAAACAUCGUGAUGCCUCCGUGCAAGUACGAGAGACAUGGGGCGUUGUUGAAGAAUUGGACUUCCCUCGUAUGUCCAAGCUAACUCUUCCAGACAUUUCAGAAGGGGAAGAUCUGUUAAAGUGCGGCAGCAUGGAGUAUUAUGACAAGAGUUAUGAUCGUGUUUCUACAAAGAAUGAACGUCCUUUGAAGAGAAUAAAUCGUAUCUUCCACAAGGUCACCACAACAGAUGACCCCAUGAUCAGACAGCUUGCCAAAUCCACUGGUAACGUGUUUGCUACCGAUGCUAUCCUGGCAACACUGAUGUGCUGUACGCGAUCUGUGUACUCCUGGGACAUCAUUGUACAGAGGGUCGGGAAAAAACUUUUCUUUGACAAGCGUGACGAUUCCGAGUUUGACCUGCUGACAGUCAGUGAGACUGCUAUUGAACCUCCACAAGAUGAGACAGGAAGUAUAAACUCUCCAAGAAAUCUGGCUCUAGAAGCUACGUUCAUCAAUCAUAACUUUUCUCAACAGGUUUUGAAAAUGGGAGAAGAAAAGCAUGCAUUUGAGAAGCCAAAUCCAUUUAUACAGGAGGAUGAAGAGAGUCAAGUAGCUUCAGUAGGAUAUAGGUACAAGAAGUUUAGCCUGGGUAAUGAUAUAGAGUUGAUAGUAAGAUGUGAACAUGAUGCUGUCAUGUUUGGUGUUAGUGGAGAAAAACAAUACAUCAAUAUUAAAACACUCAAUGAAUGGGAUCCUAGGUGUAGUGGUGGUGUAGAUUGGAGAAGUCGUUUAGAUAAUCAAAGAGGUGCUGUGCUUGCUACAGAGUUGAAAAACAACAGCUGUAAAUUAGCUAAAUGGACUGUCAGCUCCCUGCUAGCAGGAUCUGAUCAUAUAAAGUUUGGAUACGUCUCUCGAAAUCAUCUAAAGGAUACCGCUAACCAUGUUAUACUGGGCACGCAGCAAUUUAAACCUACGGAAUUUGCUAACCAGAUUAACUUAAACAUGGACAAUGCAUGGGGAAUCUUAAGGUGUAUAAUUGAUAUAUGCUUUAAAUUGAAAGAAGGGAAGUACCUCAUCAUGAAAGAUCCUAAUAAGCCAAUGGUACGUAUCUAUGAUAUUCCUGACAAUACAUUUGAGACAGACGAGGAAGAAGAUUCCAGUGAGGAAGAGAGCACUGAAGACUCGGAUGAAGAUGAUGAUGAGAAGUGAAGAGUUUAGACAGUACCUGUUAAAGAAUAGAGCUCCUUCAAAUAAAAUUCUUGGGAAAAAAACAUUGAAGUGUAUUGAAUACAGUUUAGAAAACAACUGGUAACUGAAUGAAUUAUGGGAAAAAUAUUUAUUUACAAGUGCUUUGAUUGACAUUAUAUCUAAUAGAAUAAUAAACAUACUUUAACAUCAGA